AUGGUUGGUCUUCUACUGUGUCUACCAGGCGAAUUAAGGAAUCCGUCCAUUUUCGAACAACGGUUGCAUUGGGAUCGGUAUUGCCAGAAACACCAGAACCGUGGGACCUUUGCUAGACGACUUCGGAUGCGCAGAGAAAGCUUUGAUAAGCUGCUUUCAUUUUUAGUCGACGACCUGCUUGUUAACGAGACUCAAGCCACGCGAAGGGGUGGAUCCAUCAUACCGGAACUGUGCCUCUACUGUACCCUUCGAUAUUCGGCCGGCGGCUCCUACCUGGAUAUUACAGACAUUGCUGGAAUUUCCCGUAGCUCGUUCUAUCGAGUACUAUGGAAGACAAUAACGGCAUUAUGCAAGUGUCCGCAGUUGAAGAUUCGAUUCCCCCGUACUCAACAGGAAAUAAAGACUGCAAUAGACGGCUUUGCCGGGAUAUCGGAUGGUGUUGCCAUACAAAACUGUGUUGGUGUGGCCGAUGGCUAUCUUAUGCGUAUCAGGGUACCGACCAAGAAGGAAACUGGCAACAUCCGAAGCUUCUUCUCAGGUCACUAUCAGUGCUAUGGAGUAAACAUCCAGGCCGUACCACCAUUCUCGGUUCAUCUUCUUUGCCUAUGCCGCUCCCGGGGUUUCGGAUGA